UAUGUGUAUGUGUGUAUUGGCAUUAAACCUUGUGAACUGACUGCAUGUUUACGGCUCAUCUCCUGUUUAAAUAGUGCCUCCUACGGGUCCCACAUGCUUGGCUUGAUGAUGGAAAUGCCUUUUGGCAGAGUAGGCAGCCUCACUAACUCCUUGUGUACUCAGAGUAAUGAUCUCUCUAAAAUGACUCUGGAAGACAUUGUUUUGAGUCUUUUGGAGUCAUUAAAACAACUAAAUGCUGAGAUGACUUUGCUGUUUAAUAACUUGUUGAUCUGUUUGGUAAAGAAUCUCCCAGAAAAAAUGACACUCUGUCCAGAUUUCUUCACUCUUUAUUCCACAGUAAAUAUCAUACAUUGUUAACAGGCUUGUGCGACUUAGUAUGUGGAAGACACUUCUGGUUAUCGUUAGUCUAUAAAGUGUGUGUGUGUGUCAGCAUUGCAUCCAGCAAAUGAUAUAUGCAAACAGACUUACUGAAGUUUUCAAAGAUGAUGUGGACUAAUGAUUUUGUUUCCUCUCCAUGGGAUUGUCCUGGUCACGUGUCCCCCUGAUUCUAAAGAUAAAUGUGAUAAGGACAAUAGAGAGUGCCCUUCCCGGCCGUGCCCUCCCCAGCUGUGUCCUACUCAGGACUGUGCAGAGAAUGUGCCUGGCUGUCCCACACAUACAUGUGAUAAGGACAAUAGAGAGUGCCCUUCCCGGCCGUGCCCUCCCCAGCUGUGUCCUACUCAGAACUGUGCAGAGAACGUGCCUGGCUGUCCAACACAUACAUGUGAUACGGGCAAGAGGGAGUGCCCUCCUCAAGACUGCAAAGAGGAGAAUUUACCUGGACACUGCACUGAGCAAACUAGAAGUUGCACCCAUUCUGGUGUAAAUUAUAACAAUGGAGACUCUUGGAGGUCGGCGGAGAGUCCUUGUGAUAUCUGCCACUGUUUGGACGGUUAUGUUCGCUGUGAGAGGGAGCAGUGUUACACUCCCUGUAGAAACCCUACUGCUCCUCCUCCAAAUACCUGCUGUCCAGUCUGUGAUGGCUGUGGUGUGAAUGGUCAUGAAGUCCCUAAUGGAGCUGUGAUCCCUGUUGGAGACCCUUGUCAAGAGUGUAGAUGCAAGAAUGGAAAUAUGGUGUGUUCACGCGUUCGCUGUUCUCCUCCGUCUUGUCACAAUCCAGUGCAUCAUGCUGGGGAGUGUUGUCCACGAUGCGAGCAGUGUGAAUAUGACUCUGAAGUUUAUGGAAAUGGAGAGAGGUUCACCUCAAAGAGAGACCCCUGCCUCCAAUGCUACUGCUCUGCAGGUGAAGUGUCCUGUAUAAACAUGGCUGCAUCAUGUCCUACACCACACUGUACUCAUCCAGCCCGGCACAGAGGAGAAUGUUGUGCCACAUGCAAUAACUGUGAGUAUGGACAGAGGGUGUAUGCUGAUGGGGAAGUGUGCAAGCCUCAGGGGGAUGGACCCUGCCUGCAGUGCAGUUGUAAGGGUGGGAAUGUAAUUUGCUACAAUAAGAAGUGCCCUCCUGUCCACUGCUCCAACCCGAUUAGACAUCCACAUCUUUGUUGUCCAAUCUGCUAAAGAAAUUUCUGACUCACACAUUUACAGUGCAUGUGCAGCUUACAAGGAUGUUUUAUGAAGACCGAGGUUGGUGCCCGUAUUCUUUUUUUUUUCUUCUUUUUUUUUUAUUUCUAGACUAACCACUCUGGCCCAGGGAUCAGCAUCAGGCGAUGUGGCAAAUCCUGACGAGAAAACACAGGGGGAUGCCCAGCGGAGAGACUAAAAGAUUCCCCCAUGUUUUGAGGGUGAAUGGGAAUCAUAACGCUGCAUCUGGCUGAUUUCACUUUGAAUAGCCUGUUUUUGUUUUGUCUCACAACUGUGUAUCUUUUUUUAUGGGCAAAUCUUGUUUUAUGCAUUUCAGCCUUUUCUCACAUCUUAUAGUAAACCUCAUUAAACAGAAUAUCACAUAUAUAGUAGUAAUAGACAUUUUAUUUAAGUCACAUUUGACUCAAAUUGCUCAUGUAUUUGAAAAAUGCUACAUUUAUUACACAUCAGUAAGAGAUCAGUGUUGAUCAGUAAGAUCAGCUUCCCUUCUGUCAGUUCCACCUGCUCGCCUGACUACCAUGGGACUCAGAGCCUUUAGUUGUUCUGCCCCGAGACUUUGGAAUGCACUUCCACUUGCUCUACGGACCACUGUCUCACCACUUUUAAAUCACUACUCAAAACUCAUCUGUUUAGAAUUGCAUACACCUGAUCUGUCUUAGGCCAUUUUU